CAGCAUUUUAUGCAGAGUCCUUUUGAUUGGAUUUGUUCAAAGGAUCUACGUGCCCCUGAUCUUCAUGGGCGCACACCACUGGCUAUUGCAAGAAUGAAUGGCAUGAUCCUUCAAGAUAGAGACAGUGAGCCGUUAGUGCACUGCACCGAGUUCUCCAAGAGUUCUCCAAGGCAAGCAACUUGAAACAUGUAGAGUUUGCUGAAUGUUCGGAAGAGCCACUUCAGCGCCAUUGUGGUAGCGAGCGAACAGAUACGUCUCUGCAAAUGUCGUCUACCAGGUCUGGCCAGACCAGGAAUAGACAGACCAAAGAAUCCGCAGUGCUGUGUGCACAGUGGCCACGGAAAACAUGUCACAAGCUGUUUCAGUGCAAGCGCUUUCUAUAGAACAAAGCGUUGGUGAACAAGAUGGGACCGUGCAUUUUUGGAGCUUGAUUUAGGCUUUGCACCAUUGGCAAGAGACCUUGCAUGACUCGAUCCGCUCUGACGGACUAAGGUGAGCAGAACCAGUUGGGGAUGCAUCUCGGCGUCCAGAAAGGUCAAACAAUUCUUGACUCCGUCGUGAAAGGCAAGCCCGAUAUAGGGCCUGUGGUGGUCCUAGAACUGGGUUGUCAUGCAGGAGAUGGCACCUUGAGCAUUUUCAAGGCACUUAAAGACCGUCCUGGCAGCAAGAUUAUCAGCACGGAGACCAACAAGGAGUGGUUGAAGGCUGCCAAAAGAAUCAUUGCUCAUGCAGGCCAUGGCUCACAUGUUCAGUGGAUUCCUCUGCUUUUGCCAGAGAAGAUAGACUUCUCUGACUUUCUGAAGAAGGUGAAGGAUGACUAUCAAUUGAAGAGUUUUGACUCUAUGGUCUUUGAUCAUGAGGAGAAACUGUUUCUGCCCUAUUUGAAGACAAUUCUAGAGCAGAAAAUGCUGAGAGUUGGUGGAACCGUACAGAUUGACAACGUUAAAAGGAAGGCUAGUGCCUUGGCAAAGUACCUGGACUUCGUGAAGCCUGGAAGGAAUGGAUUCAGCACACGGGUGAUUCAGGUUGAUGAACCUUAUCCUGAUGCUGUUGCAAUUUCACAGUUCCUGGAGAUUGCCGAGCUUUAGCAGGGCAAAAA